UAUGUUUUUGUACCUGUAGUCUCAAUUCUAGACUCUUUGACAAUUGAAAAUAUAUGACAAAAUAUUAUUGACGUUUGAAUAAGACAGGAAUAAUAAUUGAAGUUAAAAUAGUAGAAGUAAAUUUUAAAAGCUACUCGAGCUGUAUUUUCUCUAAACAGACUAAAAUUAUUAUACAUUAAAAAAAAUCUAGUGUCAGUUUAAAGUAAACGUAUUAUAUUUUAUUUUUAAAAUAUACGAAAUUUGAUAGAUUUUGAAGUUCUUAAAUAGUUCCCAUAUAGGUACUAAAAUUUUAGCCAAAGCGAUGUGUUGGCAAGAAAAACAAAUAGUACUUAAAACAUACAGCGCAUUUUAAUGUAGUAUAAGAGUGUGGUGGGUGGAGCGCAUGGGGCGCGGAGGACGCGUGCGGCUGGCGGUGGCGCUGGUCGUGGCUGCACUCCUGCUGUGGGCGUGGCGAGGCUCUGACCGGCAUGGACCUGUCACGAGCCUCUCGACGCGCGGUGUCGGCGCCCCAGUCGAGGGCCGCGAACUCCCACUUAUAUUCAUCGGUGGGGUACCCCGAUCGGGCACCACCUUGAUGCGAGCUAUGCUCGACGCUCAUCCUGAUGUCCGUUGCGGGCAGGAAACGCGAGUCGUGCCAAGAAUAUUGCAGAUGCGCCAGCACUGGAUGCGUUCCCAGAAGGAGAGUGUUCGGCUCGAACAGGCGGGGGUGUCGAAGGCGGUGCUCGAUAACGCGAUCGCAGCUUUCUGCUUGGAAGUGAUAGUGCGUCACGGCGAGCCCGCGCCGCGUCUGUGUAACAAGGAUCCUCUAGUUCUUAAGAUGGGCACCUAUGUGCUCGAACUUUUUCCUAAUGCUAAGUUUUUGUUUAUGGUGCGCGACGGCCGUGCCACUGUCCAUUCUAUAAUUACUCGAAAGGUAACGAUAACGGGGUUCGACCUGACGAGCUACCGGCAAUGUCUGAGCAAGUGGAACCAUGCGGUGGAGCUGAUGUACCAGCAGUGUAAGACACUGGGCCCCACACGCUGCCUGCUGGUGCGCUACGAGGCGCUAGUGCUGGCGCCCGAAACCACUAUGCGCCGAGUGCUGAGCUUCCUCGACCUGCCCUGGGACGACGCCGUGCUGCAUCACGAGCGAUACAUCAAUCAGCCUAACGGAGUCGCACUGUCCAAUGUGGAGAGAUCGUCGGACCAGGUGGUGCGUCCGGUGAACCUCGACGCGCUGGACAAGUGGGUGGGCCAGAUUCCGGCUGACGUGCGUGCCGACAUGGCGGAGCUGGCGCCCAUGCUGUCGGUGCUGGGCUACGACCCGUGGGCCAACCCGCCGCGCUACGCCGCCUCGCCUGACGUGUCGCCCGACCGGUCGCCAGACCAGUCGCCCGUCCAAGUCCCGAACGAUGAAUCUCCUCGAGCGCCUCAUCCGCCCUAAUAUAAAAACAUAAUUAUCUCCA